AUGGCGUCCAAAGAUCCAAAGCCAUCAAAAAGACGAACAGGCCGACACCGCCUUCCACCGCUCGCACAGGGUCCUGCACUCCAAUUCAUCGUUGCAACCCAUCCAGACGAUUUCCGGGCUACGACAGUCCUGAGAAACGUACGAUCACAUGUCAUGUACAAACACCAAGAGACUCGAGCAUCAUCGCCUGUGACUCUAGCCAGAAGCCGCGAAGGUAGCAAUGGACCAAGUGCUUUGACACGAACCCCGAGCCCGGCCACAACAGACUCCUUUGGAAUAUUACCUAACACUGCACCUGUGGCUCCUGCAUAUACUAGAGGCUAUGAAUCUGCGUUGAGUCUGCAUUCUUGUGAUGCUUACUCGCCGUCAUCUCCAACCGAUUCUCUACGAAGUCUGGCUGCGCGAAUUCUAUCAAUGGCAACCCCAACAUCUACCCACAGCGCACCUCCAGCCUGUGAGGAGGCUUCAGAGUACCCAUUUCCGAGAAGCAACACCUUUCAAAAUGAGUCUCUAGGCGAUCUGAAGCGCGAGUGGAUCCGCAAUACCGUUCUGUUUUGCCAUGAUCAAGCAUGGAUGCGUUAUGUUUGCGACAGUCACCUAUCAUUUCUCAGCCAUGUGUAUGCUACCUUGGUCUACCAUGACAUUGACGAAGGCUUGCUGUACGACAGCCGCCUCACCGUAUUCGCCAAAACCAAGAUUCUCAGACUAAUUAGCAGUCGCUUGGAUACGGACAACGCUACUAUCAUCUGCAUACUCCAUCUCAUUAUCAGUGAAAUCGGGAGUGUCAAUGAUGGCGUCUUCAGCGUGCACCGCGAUGGUCUGGCAACUUGCUUGAGGAGCCAUCGAGGCGGGCUGAAUCCGGGCGUUGCCAGGUUCAUGACACUGAUAAUGUUGACUUUUACCAUUGCAAGAAACCAGCCCGAAUCCGCAGAAUUCACGCCGUGGUCUCCAUCUGAAACACUGUCCGAAAAUGGUAUCCUAAUCUCGCCACUUUCGCCUCCUAUCACACAUGCCUCACAAUUGUACCGUGUUUGUUCCGUGGGAACAGCUGGAAUCAUCAUGGAGAUCCAAAAUUUUACAGACAUAUUUCUUGCACGAUGGAAUCAUACCGGUGACGGACACACAAUUUCAAGUGGGCAAUUAGCCAACUGCGACUUGCAGCUCCAGUCCAUCUACUCACGCCUUCUCUUACUGCCGUCUACCGAGAGCGACAUCACCCCGGAUUGGAUUUACGAGAGCUGCCGCAUCGCAGCCUUAAUCUAUUGUCGAUCAAUGGUCCAUGGAAUAAGCCUCGCAGAAUCUGCAGGCAUUGUCUAUCCAGCCACUGCCAGAUCCGACACGAAGAGUGCCACACUGUUAUUAGCUCUCCACGAGACGCUUGAGAGAACAAACAAACAGAAUUGCUGGGGCCAUGACCUAGCGGGUGUCUUUUUAUGGGUAACCCUCAUAGGCGCCUCGGCAUCAUGGGCUUCUGCGCGUCUUGAAUCAAUAGACGAUUCGCAGAAAGCUAUUUGGGCAGCAAAAUGCUUCUCACUACAUGCAGUGAGGGCUGCAUUAUCGGUAUCUUCUGAUAAUAUUGAUAGCACAAUCCAUGCCUUGCGCGUGUUUUUGCAAGUCCGACACUGGGUUGCGGUCAAGGCUGGGUCCCCUGCUUUGGCCAGAUAG